CUGUCCCGUCCCGUCCCGUCCCCUCCCGUCUCUUCCUCUGCUCUGUCCGUCUUCAGGUUCCUGUCCGGUAAAUGUACCGUGUACAAGCUGUUCGGCCUCUGCAUGGUGCUGCUGCUCGUCUCUCUGCUCUGGCUGCAGCUCAGCUGUUCAGACGACAUGCACGAAGACAAACGUCUCGCCCAGAAACCGCCGUGCCUCGGGACCGACACACAGGCGUCUGCAGCGGACGACCCCUCUUGGGGCCCUCACAAACUGGCCCUCAUCGUCCCCUUCAGGGAACGCUUCGACGAGCUUCUGGUGUUCGUUCCCUUCAUGCACUCGUUCCUCGACAAGAAGAAGAUCCGACACAAGAUCGUCGUCAUCAACCAGGUGGAUCACUACAGAUUUAACCGAGCGUCUCUGAUCAACGUGGGUUACCUGGAGAGCGGGAACGACACGGACUACCUGGCGAUGCACGAUGUGGACCUGCUGCCUCUGAACGACGCUCUGGACUACGGUUUCCCUGAGGAGGGGCCGUUCCACGUGGCCUCGCCGGAGCUGCACCCGCUGUACCACUACAAGACCUACGUGGGAGGAAUCCUGCUGCUCACCAAGAAACAUUACCACAUGUGUAACGGGAUGUCAAACCGGUUCUGGGGUUGGGGCAGAGAGGACGACGAGUUCUACAGACGACUGAGAAAAGCCGAAUUACAGCUGUUCAGACCGAGUGGAAUCACUACAGGAUACAAAACCUUCCUCCACAUCCACGACUCGGCCUGGAGGAAGAGAGACCAGAAGAGAGUCGCCGCUCAGAAACAGGAGCAGUUUAAGGUGGACCCAGAGGGGGGGCUCACUAACCUCCGUUACCAGGUGGAGUCCCGACAGGAGCUGACCAUCAGCGGCGCUCCCUGCACCGUCAUUAACGCCAAACUGGAGUGCGACCAGAGCCAGACGCCCUGGUGUCUGCUGGCGUAGAGGAUGAGGACGAGUCCGAGUCCGAGUCCGAGUCACUGAGUCCCGACCGUUUCACCUGGAGGCUUUAAUGUUUUUUUUAUCUAGCGGUGCUACACGGAUCCUCCACUCAAAGCGCUGGUCGUGGUUUUAGUUUUUGACUUUUAAUGGAUGCACUGACGGAUCUGCAGCCAAACGAGGCGGCGCCGAGAGGAAACACGGUACAAACUGACACCAUUAAUUUAACCUGGAGCUCAAAAUCCCCGAGGAUCCAACAGGUCGUUAUUAGCAGGUUCAUCUCAGCAGUAAAACCAGGGACACGACGGGAAACAGGACGCUGGUGACUGUUUGACCUUUGACCUCAGCGGACGGAGACUGUUACACCAAACUGAACUGAAGCGAACGAGCUCGGCCAACUGUGAGCCGCUCUCAUGCAUUAUUUCGCGGGUUUUGGUACCUGCUGGCAUGGUGUGAAUGCAAACUUUAAAGUCUUUUUUUUUUUUGGGGACUGUGCAAACGGAGCAAAGACGGUUCACCAGAUUUCAUCUGCCAAACAAGCGUCACACUGUAACCUCAGAGGCUUUAUUUUAGCUUUUUUAUCCAUAACGGAGAAAUUUAUUCUUCACAAACAAACAGUAUUUUGCAAAACUCGACUACUAACGUCACAAGUGUCUGGUGUUGUUUUUAUUUCCAGCUGUUGAGGGCCGAGUUCUGACCCUCUGACUGAAAAGUGUCUGAAAUCAUGUUUCUGAUUCUCUUUCUCUCAUGAUUAUGAGGAAACCCUGAUGAGAUCUGGAUUCCUCAGAGGAAAAUCCCCCAGAUGUAUUUUCUGUGCUGAAUGUGUUUGUGUUUUUCUACAAAGUUAACUGAGCCAAACCGUGCUGAGCUGAACUGAGACUGUAGCAGAUCAACACGCCGACGUUUCGUCAUCAGAUUACAGAAAUGAUUGAUUUAAUCCAGAAUAACCGGGACGGAUUAGUUUUAAUUUGAGAAUGAACCAAAGCAUCCUGCAGAUUAUUCAGCCGUAUGCAGAACGACAGACGGAUUAUUUCCAUCACCACUUAAUUCUUCAGAUUAAUCUCCAUUCAUUGUUUGAUCUAAACAAAUAGUGUUCAACAGUUUGCAGCUGUAUAACGUGAAACUGUAACUGCAGUGCAAAAGUUUUAACUCUUUGUGGACUAAUUCUCUUAUUUAUGGUGUUCUCUGCUGCGUUCAGAGGCCUUUCACAAGCUGUUCAGCACUUUGAAACCAAAGCAAAUUGACUUAAUUUCUUUUUAAAAUGGGGAUAAAAAGGCAAUGACCAACAUGGCAAAAAAGUGACAAGAAAAUUAACUAAAAAUGAGUUUUAGAGAGAAGCAUUGCUAGAGAGGUAUCGAUAAAUUAGGAAAAAUGGCCCAAAAACCAUAUAUAUAUAUAUAAUUACAAAAAUUUUUGU